CUGAUAGGCCAAAUGCAUCUAUCUCAAUCCGAUAAGCAUUCUUAACGCUCUGUUUUAUUGGGAUUCUGUGGUCGAGUCUCGUCGAAUCGCAUAUGGAAUCCGAUAGGAGGAAACUGGCGGCUCCGUAUAGAGGACUGCAUGUCUCGAUUCGAUCAGCAGUCCGCUUAUUUACGGUCUCAAUUGCGAGCAAAGGAGUUCUAGAAAUGCGAUGUUAUGCAGCUAAUGGUAGCGAGAGUCAUUUGGAAAGAGAUAUCAACACAGCCAAGGAUCGUGAUCAGACAUUACAUUCACUUGGGUGUGCCUUGGACAAUGUGCCACCAACAUUGGCGUAUGUAUCAUGGGAAUGGAGUACCAUCAAUUGUGCCCCCACGUUACGAAAGUGUUAUACUGGAUGGACCACGUAUAGCACACAAUUGCCUACUUCGUCCUUUGGUCCAGAUGAUUGCGAGAUGUUGCACAGAGAUGGGACAGCACGGACUUGGUUCGCCCAAAAGAAGGCCCAAGAACCGAGCGGAGCAGCUGCAAUCGUACACUGGCGGUUCCAUGUGCUUAAUCUGGACUUGCAUCCUUUACCGGUACAUAAAGCUGUUGGCAAACGCGGACGGGCCGACUUCUGCCUGGACAAUGGUCGGGGUGCUUCCCGCCCCAAAGCUACAUACUGAGAUAAAUGCAUUAGCCAUCAAGACACUGAAUCCAAGCUUUUCGAAAUACGGAAUAACCAUACUAAGAG